AAUUAUUUUAAACAUAUUAAAUUUCAAAAAAGUAAUUACACUUAUUAAAUUUUUAUUGGAUUUAAAAUUAUAUGGAAAAUAAAAAAUCACAAAAUAUAUAUUUAUAACUCAAAACUAAUAUGUUUUAUUUUUAUAUGUGAAACCUCUAUAAAACAUAUAUUAUUUUGAAACAUAAUGAAUAUGUUACUCGACCGCGAUUUUAUUUGAUGUUUAAGUUUAAUGCACUCAUAUUAAAAAGGGUUAAUUUUAUAAAACUUGUUUUGGUUAAAUAAAAUAUCAUUAAGUUUAAAACAUUAAACUUAUAAUGAAAAAUACAAUUACUUUGCAACAAGAUUUUUUUAAAACAUUAAAUACUUUAAAAGUUUUGGAAUCCGACUCUAAAAUCGUCUAUCACGACCAUACAUGCUAAUUUCAGAUUAUUUUUCUUUAAAACAUUUUCCAUGUAUAAUAUUUCAUGAAAUUCAGAUCAAUUCCAGCUAUUUAUUUAGGCUACCCUAGCAACAUAACGGUUUACUAAUAACAGAGGUAUAUAUUUAAACAUGUACUUUAGCCGUUUCAUGACCAUUUGAUCCAUUUGUGAGUCGUGACAUGCAGUAAUCCAUUGGUUUGAGUCAUCGUUUUUUGACAACUCUUCGAUCGUAUACCGUUUUGAUAUUUUCCUUGCUAGUCGCAUGUUAUGUCAUGUUUCCUUGAACCGGUACCACAUUACAUUUCAGUGGAUUAAUUUCAUCAUCCCGGCCGGCCGGCAAGAGGUAGGGUUCCACAUCAGAAUCUGAGUGUAAUUCUUUGCGCCUUUAGAGACGAGGGGUCGAGAGACAAACAAAUUUCAUAAAUACAUAGUUCUUCUUCUAUGUGAGAUUAAUCCUCACAAGAGGGUUAAUGACUGGCAAUUUGUUGUUUGGUAGACGUACAGAGUUUAAUAGUCACUGCUUAUAUAUAGAUAGUCUCACUUGCUUUAAUAUAUGUUUUGCAAAGCAAUAUGAUGUAAGAAAAUGCACCUGUUAGAUACAUCAUUUACACAAAUCAAAAAUUUUUAAAUAUAAAACAUAUAUGAAUUCAAACCUAGAAAGAACAUACAUAAAAUAAAGGAUUAAUCAACUAUAACUGAUUAUUAAAUUAUGAAAUAUUCAAUUAAUACUAACUAAUUUGGGCGUAACCAUGAUAAAAGGGGAAACUUCUCUUUCUUGAGCCUCACGCGAAAAUCCAGCGUUUUCAAUUUUUGUUGUUUGUUUAGUGUUUUUGUUUUCUUUCAAAACAGUUUCAAACCAUCGCAGAGUAGUCCCCAUCUCUCUCUCUCCCUUUCAUUCUCCCUUAUAUUUUGGAUCUUUCUUACUUACGUGCACACCAAGGAAACAAACAAGAAACUGCUCUUAUCUUUCAUCGAAUUCAAUAUUCAGAUUUGUGGUGCGUUAGGGUUUGCUUUUCUUCUUCCUCUUCGGGACAAAGAUAACAAUGGGACAACAGAAUUUGAUCUACAGCUUCGUCGCUCGUGGCACGGUGAUACUCGCCGAGUACACUGAGUUUAAAGGUAACUUUACGUCAGUUGCUGCACAGUGCCUCCAAAAGCUUCCUUCUUCGAACAACAAGUUUACCUACAACUGCGACGGUCACACCUUCAAUUACCUCGUCGUAAAUGGCUUCAGUGAGUCUCUCUAUCAACCCGAACACAACGUUUCGUAUUGUGUUGUUGCUGUUGAAUCUGUUGGAAGGCAGAUUCCAAUGGCCUUCUUGGAGCGAGUCAAAGAAGAUUUCAACAAGAGAUAUGGUGGUGGAAAGGCUACCACUGCUAAACCCAAUAGCUUGAACAAAGAGUUUGGGUCUAAACUGAAGGAGCAAAUGCAGUACUGUGUGGAUCAUCCUGAGGAGAUUAACAAACUUGUUAAGGUUAAGGCUCAGGUGACUGAGGUGAAAGGUGUUAUGAUGGAGAACAUUGAAAAGGUCCUUGACCGUGGUGAGAAGAUUGAGCUUCUAGUGGACAAAACUGAAGACCUUCGUUCACAGGCACAAGAUUUCAGAACGCAAGGAACAAAGAUAAGAAGAAAGAUGUGGUUUGAGAACAUGAAGAUUAAGCUCAUAGUCGCUGGUAUCAUCAUUGCUUUGAUUCUCAUCAUCAUCCUCUCGGUUUGUCAUGGCUUCAAAUGUACUUAAAACUUGAAAAGAAUAAUUAGAGGAACACGCUGAGAGAUUACCAGCCCCAUAUUGUCUCUUUUAUAAUUUUAUUAGGGGAAAGGAAUAU